GUACAGCAAAAGAUGGAAAGGAAACAAGAAAAUUAAAUGAAGACAAAGGUUGUGAUUAUUACAGUAAAUGAAAAUAGGUUUUUAUCUUUAAAAUGUAGACUCAAACUGCAAAGCUAAUGAUAUGCUAUCUGCAAAAUAUUCCUAUUUUGUACAUAAAUAAAACCAUAGAUUUAAAGAAGAAAGGGCACAGAUGUACUGGGGAGACAAAAAUAACUGAUCCGUUGGGUGUCUACCAUGUGCCAAGCAAUUUUCAUAUACUCAUUUAACAUGACAUAUCUAUAAUUAUAUGAGGCAGAUAUUAUUAACCUCAGUCUAUAGAUGAGAAGACUAAAGCUCAGAGGGAUUGCUAAAAACUAGUAAAUAAAUUAUGGAACCAUGAUUUGAAUUUAGAUUUAAGUCUGACUGAGGCAUGUUCAAAGACACUACACUGCCUCUCCAGAAAUCAGGAGUAGCAAUAUUAACACUGGACAAAGAAUUUAAAGCAAGUAAAAAAAAAUUAAGAGACUUUCAUAUUAAUAACAAGUACAAUGCACAAUAAAACUGUACCAAAUGACAAAAAUGCAUAAUGAAAUUUAUUAGAAAUUAAAAAUUAAAGGGCAUAGUUACAAUUAUUGAGGAGUUCUCAUAGCUCUGCCUUAUAGAUCAUGUAAACAAACAAGGUCAUAGAGGACUUAAAUAGCAAAGUGGAAAAAAAUAAAUAUAUGUAAAAAGAGAAUAUACUGUUACAAGUUUCCUUCAAGAAUUUGAUAAAAAGCAGUUAACACUGCUCUUGAAGAGUUACGUUAUAAAGUGAACUCAGUGAAUCAGACUAUAGAUAUGGGAGUUAUCUUUCAGGUUUGGAAUCAUUUAAAUGGACUACAGAUAUUGGAAUUACUGGUUACAGAAUAUAAAAUAGCUGGCUAAAAUAUUUAAAUAUUUAAUAUUUCCUUAUAAGACGUGGAAACGUGAGUAAAUAAGAGACUAUAAAAUGACCAUAUGUGUUUUAAAAUCAAACAUAACAUUUAAAUGUGAAAUAUAUAAUUGAAACUAAAAGCUAUUUAGAUUAAACAGAUUAGAUACAGCCAAAGAAAGAAUUAGUAGCUGGAAGCAUAGAUCAGAGAAUUUACCCACAAUACAGUACAGUAAGAUAAAGAUAUGAAUAAGUUCAUGUGGAAUAGAGACUAGAAUGAGAAGGUAUACAUCACAUAAAAUUAAAGUUUUAGAAAGUGGGAAUACAGAGAAUGGAUGUACAGUAUCAAAAAAUAUAAUAGCUGUAAAAUUUUCCAGAACUGAUGAAAGAUAUGAAUUCACAAAUAGAAGCAAUACAACAUAUUUCAAGGAUGGUAAAUAAAAAGAAAUCCGCUUCUAAGUACAUUUUAGUGAAACUGCAGAAUACCGAAGAGAAAGAUUCUAAAAUUGGUCAGAGAGAAAAGUCAAAUCUACAAAGGAACAGGAAUUAACAACAAAAUGGAAAACAAAAAUAGCAAGAUAUCUGCAAAGAGUUAAAGAAGGUCUGUGCCAUUCAUAAGAGGGCUUAGUUAUCCAUGGAAUCUUGAGAAAGGUUCACAGCAACAAAUGCUACUCAUUCAAAACCUUGUCUCUCAGUCUGUUCGAGCUGCUAUAGCAAAAUACCCUAAACUGGGUAAUUUAUAAUAACAGCCAUUUAUGUCUUAACAUUCUAGAGGCUGGGAAGUCCAAGAUCAAGACACCAACAGAUGUGGUGUCUGGUGAAGGCUGUCUGCCUCAAACAUGACAUCUCUUGCUGUGUCCUCACAUGGCAGAAGGGACAAACACCGUGUUCACAUGAGGCAGAAGAGCUGAAGGCAGAAACUUGCUCCGUCAGGUGCUUUUAUAAGGACACUAAUCUCAUGCAGGAGGAUGGAGCCCUCAUGGCCCAAUUUUGUAAUUAAAAGGUCUCAACUCUUAAUACUGUUAUAUUGGGAAUUAAAUUUCAUCAUGAAUUUUGCAAGGACAUAAAUAUUCAAAUGAUUGCACUCUGUCCAGAAAGGAAAGACUCCCUGGCUCCCUUGGCCAGGCCAGGCCCAAUUGGAGGAUAAAUACAUAACUCUGAGAUAGAUUCAAAUACUGUUGAAUUUUGAUUGUCUAAUGUCUCUUCUGGUUCCUUGUUGGUCCUUUAACGUUUACCGAGCUGCAUAAGUUCUGCUAAAGGUAAGAAUAAAUGUGCUGAAGUUUGAUUAUUUGGCAAUUCAAGUAGUUUAAUUAGAGGAAGGGAAUGUGCCAGGAAUGAGGACACAAGAAUCUGUGGGUUUUCUGAUACACUUCUCAUAGUACAUAAAUAAAUUGGAAUUUGAAUGUUAAAUAUCAACCUCUUGAGUUUAGUUAAAUGAGUCUAUUCUCAGUAUAUUGACAAAUUCAGAUCCCAAAGCCUAUAAGCCAGAUAUCGAACCAUGAUAAUUUCAGCAAAAUACUGUUGAUGCCCCAGAGAGCCUCCUGCAUGACAGCAUACUGACAUUUUCAUCUGAGGAGUUUUACCUGUGGCUAGGCUUAUUUCCUUAAACACCUUCUAAAAUGUUCAUUUACAAAAAUUGAGUGUAUUCUUAGUGAUGAAGAAAACCCCAGGUUAUCAAAAGCAUAAUACUCAAAAGUUCUAUAUAUUAAAAUGAGUUUUUAGAAAUACCUUAGUCAUGGGACAUAUAAAAGACACUCUUCUAAAUAACCUAAUGAAGAAAAUUUAAGAUUAUUUUCAAAAAUGAAAAUGAGACUACUUAUUAAAGCUUCAGAUAGCUUUAUACUGAUGAUGGUUUUCUCUUUGUUUUGGCUGCCAGGAAGCUGACAGCCAAAUUUGAGGCCCCAAACUGUACAGGAUCUUAGGCAUUUUGUAAACUACCCGUAUCCCUGGCUUUAUCUUGUUUGCAAGCACUUAUUUUUCAUUCUUCCUAAUAUUUUCUCCCCCACAACCUAUUAUAAUGUAUUUUUAUUUCUGUAAGUCAUCUGAAAUCAUUUGUGGAAUACAAAGUAAUAGAAAUAAAUCAGCAAAGUAAAGAUUUUUUAAAAUGUGUGUAAUACAUAUACCUAUGUGUUACAUGUGUAUACAACAAAUAUAUUUUACAUAUAUGCAUGUGUAUAUGUGUAUAUAUUUGUAUGUAAUGGAAAGAAAUCAGUAUAUCCUUAAAUAUUUUUUACUAUAAGCUUAUGGAAAAACUAACUAAAUAAACAUUUAACUAAAAAACCUAGAAAAGAAACAGAAUGACUGUCCUUAGGAAAUAUACCCAUGAGUCCAUACCAAUAUGAAUAAAUGAUUGAAUAAAUAAAGGGAGGUUGAAUAAAUAAGAAAGGGGAAAUGAAGAGACAAAUCUCCCUUGUAAAAGCAUUUCAAAUAAUUUAUGUAGAUACUUUGUCUUCACGGAAGUAGAACAUAACACUCCACCCCUCAUGUGUGGGGCUGAGCAUAGUGACUUCUUUCCAAAGAGUACGGUAUGGAAAAGCAGUGAAAAGAAUUUUAUAAUGGAAAAACCUGACAAGUACUACUUCAGCCAAGUGAUCAAGGUUAACAUCGAGUGACGUCAUGUUGAUUAUACAUACUGAUAUAUAUCUAUGUAUAAUAAUGUGGUGAAGAUGGCACUUUUUCUCUUUGAUCUUCCUCCUAAAACCUCACACCACCACUCUAAUCAUGAGAAAAAUAUCAGGCAAAUUUUAAUAGAGGAGCAUUCUACAAAAUUCUUGACCAAUACUCAUUAAAACUGUGAAGGUCAUCAAACAUAAGAAAAAUCUGAGAAACUCAUUGCCAUGAGGACCUAAGGAGACAUAAGGAAAUGUAAUGUGUCAUGAGUGGGAUCCUGUACCAAAGACAUUAGGUAAAAGCUAAGGAAAUAUCAAUAAAUUACGGAGUUUAGUUAAGAAUGUAUCACUACUGGUUCCUUAAUUGUGGCAAAUGUACUAUUCUAGUAUAAGAUGUUCAUAUUGGGGGGAAACUGGCUGCAGUAUUUCUAUAAAUAUAAAACUGUUCUAAAUGAUAAAGUCUUUAAAUUUUUGUUAUAUGGUAUUUAAUACAAGCAAAAGAACAUUUGUAAUUAAUAUGUAGAUUAAAAACAAUUAAGAAAACCCCAUAAACUGUUCCCUCUACUAAUGAUUAAAACAUUAGCAAUAAGUGCCAUUGAAGCUAUCCUAAUCUAUCGUAGCCUUUUCCCAGCCCUGACUGGGGAUUUUAACAUUUCCCUUCUUUAAAAAAAAAUUUUUGUAAAUUGUUUAUGUGGUAUGAGUAAUAUGUUCAUGAUAUGAGGUAAGAAUCCACUUCCUUUUCUGUUAUGAAUAUUUUGGAAAAUAUUUCAAAUAAAUGGAAAGUUCCAAGUCCAAUAGAAAAAAUUUUUUUCCUAAACCAUGUUGCCACAUGAUGUCCCAUCACUACUGAAUUGAAUAUCUGUUUCCUACAAAGUAUUCUCCACAGGUCGGGUGCAGUGGCUCACACCUGUAUUCCCAGCACUUUGGGAGUUCAAGACCAGGAGAAUACUUGAGUCCAGAAGUUAAGAUCAGCUGGGGCGACAUAGUGAGACCCCAUCGCUACAAAAAAUAAUAAAAAAAAUAGCCAGUCAUGGUAGUGCAUGGCUGUAAUUCCAGCUACUCGGGAGGCUGAGGUGGGAGGAUUGCCUGACACCAAGAGGUGGAGGCUGUAGUGAGCCAUGUUUGUGCCACUGCAUUCCAGCCUGGGUGACAGAGACUAUCUGUCUGUCUGUCUGUCUUCUGCACAACCACAAUAAUAAUCAUCAAAAUCAAGAAAUUAAUAUAUAUAGAUCACAGCUAUUCAACCAGCCUCUAUUAACAUUUCAUCAACUGAAACAAAAAUGUCUCUAACCCCACUUUGUUCCUGCUGUAGGGAGGGCAAGGCUAUUCUCUGACUCGUCUUGGAGGCCUGCUGUCUAGGGGUUGGGGAAAUCCCAUGCUCAGCCCCAGUCCCACCACCCUAGUUCUUCAGUGGAUGCAGAAUUGUUGAGAACAUUUACCUUAACUUUUCUGGCUCAGCAUCUAGCAGAGGGUCUCACUGUCACCUAGGCUGGAGUGCAGUGAGCAAUGAUUGUGCCACUGCACGAUCGUGGUUCACAGCAGCCUUGACCGCCCAGAGCUCAAGUGAUCCACCUCAGCCUCCCAAGUAGCUGGGACUACAAGCAUGCACCACCACACCCGGCUAAUUUUUUUCUAUUUUUUUAUAGAGAUGGGGGUCUCACUUUGUUGCCCGGGCUGGUCUCAAACUCCUGGGCUCAAGGGAUCCUUCCACCUCAGGCCUCCCAAAGUUCUAGGAUUACAGACGUGAGCCACCAUGCCUGGCAUUAAAGAAUCCACUUCAAGAUACAGAGUCUUUUUCUGAAAGACUCCUGUUUGUGUUGCCUGUGAAUCCCACAUGCCAUAGAGAAAUUUUAUCUCCACUUUGUUGUUCCUGGCACCUUAACAGAGUGUUAAUGUAGAUUUCUGGGUACCUAUUCUGCCUAAUGCUGAUCCAUGUUCAGCUAUAUACUAGGCAAGUCUUUGCAUCUGUCCUUUGUUCUUGAUCCCAGAAUGAAAGUCUAGGCAACCAGGGCUUCCUCCCAGGGUGAACAAAUAACCAGUGAGAUCCCUGGCCUCAUUCCUGGUCAAUUGUAUACAUGGCCCGAGAAGCCCAUGUUAUAAGCCCUGCACCUCUUCUAUUCUAGAUAUGCCUGAAAACAUCUUGUUAAAUCUCUUGGAUGAUAAGAAGUGGUCCCUGGCCAAGUAAAACCCUUCCUGUGAAAGUCAAUUCCUAAAAAUCUUUGCCUUGGUCAAACUGGAUCUGACCACAGAGUUAGGAAGCCUGGAGGAUCUGCUGCUGCAUGGGAGUUGAGAGUGAGGGAGUCUCAUACCUUAGUAUGAAUGCCAGUCACACCCAUUUUAAGGUAUUGUGGGUCAGAAUCAUUUCUAUAGUCCACUUUGCUGAGCAGUUUUUUCCACUUAGUAUAUUUGGUGUAAGGUAUUAUUUUCUCUGGCUAUCCUUGACCAUUUGGCCCAGAACAACUGCAUCUUAAUUGAUCCUAAUGUCUGAUCCUCCACAAGUGUCCAGUCACAGAUAUCAAUCAAGGGACCGUGGAGUCAGAUGGUAGCUGCUUCCACAGUUUGUGGCCUUUGUAAUAUCAAUACAAUACCCCUUAACUGGGUUUAAGUUUUGCCAUCUUAGCAGUGUUUCCAUACUGGAGGAGGUGUACACCUUCGCUCUGAAGGCUCUUACCUUCCUCCACUGACCACAGCUUUAAGUCUUGCCUCUGAGCUGGGCACUGGACUUUCACCUCCUUGGUUAGGGAAGUAGGCUAGGGUUGCAUCAUUAACAUGGUAUGUAGCACCCGUCAGGCCCCACGCAUUUGGCCAUGCCCUUUUAUUUGAGGAAAAGAGCCACGUCUCCUCACAGAGGGCUCUAUUCCUGUCUAGAUAUGGGAUCAGUGCCCAGGGACUGGUAUCUGCAAGAUAGCAUCAAUGAGAAAUUUUGAAAUUUUAGCCAACUAAAGUUAUAUGCCUGCUAACCAGGGUAGGCUUGUUUAUGCUGUGAUUGGUUAGAAAUUGACCCCCAAAUACAGUGGCAUAGGAAAACACAUGUUUAUUUCAUGCUAAUUAUCACCACAUAAUAAAACUGUACUCCAUAGAGUGACUCAGCAGUCCAGGCUGACAGAGGUUCUUCAUCCUGUACCUGCCACCUGGAACACACAGCCUUCCUGGUCUAUAUGGAAGUGGGAGAGACAGUGGACAGUCCCCAGCAGGCUUGGCGUUUACUCAAAGACCCUGGCCAGAACUAUCCAAACAGCCCCACCUCAUUGCAAAGGGGCUGAGGAGUACUCAGGAGGAGAACUGUAUGUUGGAGAACAUUAGGGUGGCCACCACAGGGGACACCUAGCAUUUUCCCCAAAAUGGCUGAGUUUAAUAUAAGCAUACGUGUUAAGGUCACACUUGAAACAGAAUCCCAUAUACAUACUUCUUGAAUUUCUCUCUUAUACCUUGUUCCUCUCCUCACUCAGUUUUUCUAGCCUUCAGCUCUAUCUCUUGGGGGAUCCUGCAACCAUCAUCCCAAGACAGUGAUCCCAUUCUGAGCGCUAACCUUGGAGGGCAAGGGCACGUCCCCAGAUUCCUCAGAUUGGAGCACAUGCAACCAAAGAAACCUCUAGUGUUUCAUAUUGAUAACCUUUCACAGGAUAAUUCUGACAUGUGAUUGCGCACAAAAGUUCCUCCUAGGAGUGAGGCUAAGAAGAUUGGGGCUUGAGGGGCUGGCAAAUGGGCAAGAGAACAACAUCCUGCCACAUAUAAGUGAGGGUAGUUAUUCCUAUAACAACAGCACUUUUCAUUUUCAUUCAUUCUGUGUAAUGUUUUCAGUAGGAGAGAAGGAUUAUAGAGGAGAGGACAGAGGCCAGAGAGCCAGAGAAAGUUCUUUUAAAUUUUUGUUUAUUAUAUUAUUUUGUUUAUAUGAUAUGAUAUUGGAGACAGGAGCUCAUUUAAAGGCUGAAAGCGCCAGGAGAGAGGAGAAGAAUGAAAAGUCAGAUGAUAAUCCAGUGAGCAAGGUUCUUGUGGAGACAGAAGGAAAAUGACGCCCCAGAACAGGUAUUUAUUUGGCCUGGAAUUACCAUCUUGUCUGUCUUUUAACCUCCUCUCCAUGCUUCUGUAUCCAUCCUCCCCUAUCCUUCUCCAAAUGAAUGAACUCUGAUGGCUCCAUUUCACUCAUGGCACUCUCCGUUCCCCACUGUGUUUCUCCUGAGUCUAGCGUACCCCUCCCAGCUGCCUCAUGCUACCAUGCUGUGAUUUUUGUUUACCACUGUGGGUAAAAACAAAACUCCAGUACACCUGGGGCCCCCUAAAUCAGGAUUCUUUCCCCUUUUAAAGAGAAUAACUUUUGUUGUAUUAGAUAAAAACACCCUAUUCUCUUUCGUAAUAUUCUAGAGCAACUAGUUCUCUUAGAAUUUUAGUAUACUUAAUACCUCCCAUUUAUAAUUUUUUCUCAGUUGCACUCAAGGUCUUGAGUCCCCUGUCCUCACCGUGCAGGACCUGGCAGUGAAUCCACCCCUUGGGAUGUGGUGGGGGUGCAUUCUGUGACCGCAAAUGGGAGUACGUUUCACCCAUGGGUCAGAAUGCUGCUACAGGGAUGUGGUAAGAACAGAUCUGCAUUCAGCAGGACACACUGGCGAGCAGAUGGAGCCAGCCAGAAGAAUUCAGGAGCAGGUGAUACCCACAUGUCCAGUGAAGCAGGUAGAACUACCUAGAAGUAGGUUCUCAGCCACUAGGCCCAGAUAUAGGAUUUCAUGUCUCUUCAAGGGAAACCGACAGGAGAAAUGUUGGUGCCAAGCUUAGAGAAAAGGCCUUGAAGGCAUGUCAGAGCUCAGGUAUCAGGACUGGGGUCAACCGACAUGACCAGACUCUCAAUGAGGCCCAUGCUCUGUCCUCCAGGAUGAAAGUCUCUCCCAGCUCAGCUGAGCUCUGGUUCCAGAGUCAUCUCUGUGGUUGACCUGCAGGUGGGGAUCAAAUGGUUGCACUGUGGACAGAAAAGGGCUGACGGGGAAGCGGGGGAAGGCCAAGUACAUUAUGAAAAACCAGCGAGGCCAGGCACGGUGGCUCACGCCUGUAAUCCCAGCACUUUGGGAGGCCGAGGAGGGCGGAUCACUUGAGGUCAGGAGUUUGAGACCAGCCUGACCAACAUGGUGAAACCCCGUCUCUACUAAAAAUACAAAAUUAGCCAGGCGUGGUGGCACAUACCUGUAAUCCCAGCUACUUGGGAGGCUGAGGCAGGAGAAUUGCUUGAACCCAGGAAGCAGAGGUUGCUGUGAGCUGAGAUCAUGCCAUUGCACUCCAGCCCGGGCAACAAGAGUGAAACUCUGUCUCAAAAAAAAAAAAAAAAGAAAAAGAAAAAGAAAAGAAAAACCAGCGAAGGCCCAGCUUGAGCAGCCAAUGGCACAAGGAGGCCACUGUAACUGACAGACACGCCUGCCCUGCCGCUGGGACUGAUCUUGUGUGGGGAGUUCUGAUCAGCACCAGGCACUCUUUAGAAGCACCGUGUCCGGCUUCUGUCCCCUUCUACUGUCACGUGGCAGAAAAUUCCUCUCUCAUGCUAUCCUGGGUAAAGUCCUUUCUUCAAAAAGAUCUCCCUUCCAUAGUCCUCCCAUUAGAAUCCUUUGCACUCUGUACAAAAAGACAAACAUUCUGAUGAGUCCAUCAACAUUAGGCAGAGUUGUUGGAGACCCAGGAAGAUGGGCUACAGAAGUCUUUAUGCACACACUGGGUGGUACUCACUGUCUCUCAGCACCAAGCUCACUUCUUGGUACUUUGCUCUGUGGUGCCAGGGCUGGGACCUUCAUAUUUCUCUCAUUCUGUUUCCAGCUGACCUGACCGUGGGCAGCACCAGAAAAAGCCUGAGACUACCUUCUGUCUCCAGUCCCUGUCAGCGACUCUCCAGCGACAGGCAACGGCGCCAGCUCCAGACUCCAGCUGCUCUGGGCCUCCCAGCAUCAGCCACACCACGCUUGUCAGAAGUCUCAGCACCGGCCGGGCACAGUGGCUCACACCUGUAUCCUAGCACUUUGAGAGGCCGAGGCGGGUGGAUUGCCUGAGCUCAGGAGUUUGAGACCAGCCUGGGCAACAUGGUGAAAUCCCGUCUGUAUUAAAAUACAAAAAAUUAGCUGGGCAGCAUGCGCCUGUAAUCCCAGCUACUUGGGAGGCUGAGACAGGAGAAUUGCUUGAACCUGGGAGGCAGAGGUUGCAGUGAGCUGAGAUGCAGCCACUGCACUCCAGCCUGAGCGACAGAGGGAGACUCCAUCUCAAAAAAAAAAAAAAAAAAGAGUCCCAGCACCAGCUGGGGCAGAAGGCGGGGGGCUCCCCUGAAAGUUUCUGGUUUCUCGUAGCCCACCUCUUCCUUUUUGUUCUCCAGUUUAAAGAAUGGCAGCUGCUUUUUGUGGUUGCUAAUCUCUGGGUUAUCUCAGCAGCCCUUACAUGCUGUUUCAGCUUCGUCUGGGUAAACAUUUCCUGGUAUUAAACUUUGACAAACCUGCCAUGCUUUCUGUUUUCUGAAUGGACCCUGACUGUAUAUGUGAUUGUAUUUAUUUACCCAUAUAUGUAUUUAUAGUUAUGCCUUGCUUCAUGUUGGGAAUACAUUCUGAGAAAUGUGACAUUAAUUGAUUUUAUGGUUGUGCAAAAAUUUUAGCGUGUACUUACACCAAGAUGGUGCAGCCUACUACACACCUAGGCUAGAUGGGAUAGCCUAUUGCUUCUAGGCUACAAACCUGCACAGCACAUUACUGUCCUGAAUACCGUAGGCAAUUGUAACACAAUGGUAAGUAUUUGUGUAUCUAAACAGAAAAAUACAUAAAAAAUAAAGUAUAAAAGAUUAAAAAUGGUACACCGGUAUAGGGCAGUUAUCCAUGGAAUUUGUUCUGGGUGAGUCAGUGCAUGAAUGCUGAGUGAAUGUGAAGGCCUAGGACAGUACUGGAUGCUAUACUAUAUACUUAGGCUGCACUAAAGUUAUGAGCAAAUACUUUUCUUCGAUAAUAAAUUAACCUUAGCUCACUGUAACUUUCCUACUUUAUGAACUUUUCCAUUUGUAAAAUGCUUUUUGACUUUGUAAUAAGAGCUUAAAACACAUACAUUGUACAGCUGUACAAAUAUAUUUUCUUUAUAUCCCUUUUUCCAUAAGCUUUUUUCUGUUUUUAAAUUUUUUUACUUUUCAAUUUUUUUUGUUAAAAAUGAAGACAUAAACACUCACAUUAUCCUAGGUCUACACAGGGUCCGGAUCAUCAAUACUUUCCACCUCUGCAUCUUGUCCCACUGGAAGGUCUUCAGGGGCAGUCACAUGCAUGAAACUGCCAUCUCCUCAGAUAGCAAUACCUUCUUCUGGAAAAUCUCCUGAAGCACCUGUCUGAGGAUUUUUUACAGUUAACUUUUUUUUUAAUAAGUAGAAAGAGUAUACCCUAAAAUACUGAUAAAAGUACAGAUAGUAAAUACAUAAAUCACAAAGUCAUUUAUUAUCACUAUCAAGUAUUAGAUACUGUACAUAACUGUAUGUGCUAGACUUUUAUACAUGUGGCAGUGCAGUGGGUUUGUUUGCAUCAGCAUCACCACAAAACGUGAGUAAUGCCUCUCACUAUGACAUUACGACGGCUAUGAUGUCACUAGGCAAUAGGAACUUUUUAGGUCCAUUAUAAUUUUAUGGGAUCUUCAUUGUAUAUGGAGUGUGUCAUUCACUGAAAUAUUGUUAUGUGGUGAUAACUGUAUUUAUAUAUAUGUGACCAGUGUUUAAAAAAAUCAGAAGAGAUUUUCAACAAAAGCAUAGUAAUAUGACCGAAAAUCAUUAACACAAAAUAAAAGGAAAAAAAGUUUGAGACCAGCCUGGGCAAUGUAGGCAAGACCCUGAUUCUACAAAAUAGCAAUAAUAGUAAUAAUAAUAAAUUAGCCAGGCAUGGUGUGGCAUGCCUGUAGUCCUAACUACUCAGGAGCCUGAGGCAGGAGGAUUAUUUGAGCCCAGGAGUUCAAGGCUGCAGUAAGCUAUGAUCACACCACUGCACUGUAGCCUGAGUAACAGGGAAACUUGUAUCCAAAAAUAAAAAUAAAAAAAUGAAAAAAAUGGAUUCAAAAAUAAUUUUUGUAUAUGGUGCAAGGAAUAAAUAAAAGUUCAUUUAAAAACAAAAAAGUAACCUAGAAAAGGAAUGUUAAAAAUUUUAAGCUGAGAAAAAAUGUACAUCUUUAAACAUCUUUAUACUGCUUUCCUACUUUUUACUGGGUGAGGAGAUUGAGCUCUUACCAAGAAUGUGGUUAUGGCUGGGUGCAGUGGCUUAUGCCUAUAAUCUCAGCACUUUGGGAAGCUGAGGCAAGAAGAUCACUGGAGCCCAGGAGUUCAAGAUCAGCCUGGCCAACAUAGCGAGACCUCGUCUCUACAAAAAAUACAAAAAUUAGCCAGGCGUGGUGGCACGCACCUGUCGUCCCAGUGACUUGGAAGGCUGAGGCAGGAGAAUCACUUGAACCCAGGAGUUCAAGGCUGCAGUGAGCUAAGGUCACACCACAGCACCCCAGCCUGGGUGACAAAGUGAGGAUCUGUCAAAAAAAAAAAAAAAAAAAAAGAAUGUAGUUAUGUUAAAGAUAAUGAGUUAUAUUUCCAAAGCUUCUGCAGAACUUUUGAGCUGCAAAAAAAAAAAAGACCAAGAAGUUGGUCCUUUGUUCGGCAGAGUGUCAUAGAUAGUCUUCAGAUAGGCUGAGAGGGGCCUGGAGCUUAGUUCCACAGGGAAUGGGUUGCCUGUUGCUUUGCAUCAGAGAUUAGCAAGAAUUUUGGAGAAUAUCUAGAGACCAAUAAUGAUGGAAGCAGAGAGGGCCUAAGGAGAUGCACGGCCAGCAAGUGCCCUCAUGUGAUCAAUGAAUUUUAGAAUAUUGGUACCUAACCUUCAACUGAAUUAUAACUAUAAAUCAUAAUUAUAAAAGUAAUAUAGGCUUGCCAUAAAAUAUCCAAACAGUUUAAAACGGCUUCCCGUCAAUCAUGUAAAUAGCCAAAGAAACUAUACUGUAUAUAUUAUUCACUAGUUUUCUUUUUUCACUUAACAAUGCAUCCUUCUAAUGUCUAAGUAGUAUUCCCUGUUAAGAAUAUAACAAUUAUACUGUAAUAUUCUCCAAUUGAUGGACAUUUAGGUUGUUUUGAUUUUUAAAUUAUGAUAAAAAAGGAUGUCCUGUGACUUAUGUACUUGUUCAUGAGCACGUAAUUCUGUAGGAGAGAUUCCUAGAAGAGAAAUUGACCAGACCCUGACAAAUUGCCCCAAGCAGUGUUCUGUGAACCCUCCCGCCUAUGGACUAGGGAUGAUUCUCCACAUCCCCACAGAGUAGAUGUUCUCAAUCUUUAAAAAUGCUCUCCAGUAUGAUUGGCAAAUCAGGCCACCUCUGUAUUUCACAUUCCUUGCUUAACAACAAGGCUGAACAUUGUUAAUAUAUUCAUUAGCCAAUUGUGUUCCUUUUCCUAUGGAUUGCUUUUUUGUAUCUUUGCUUAUCCUUUCUGUUGGGGUGCUCAUUUCUCUUACCAAUUUGUAGAAAUUCUCAGCUACAUCAGGGAUCUGAAGCCCUUGCUAUAUGUGUCACACAUGUUUUUGGCUUGUCUUUAUCUCCAUGGCACAUCUAGGAAGAUGUGAGCAGCCACUGUGGCCCCGGUUUGGGGAUGGAGAGACAGCUCUUCCAAGAGAGGGCAGACAAGGUAAAGAAACACAGAUGAGCCACGGAAAGAGGGCAUCUGUCUUCAGUUACCUCUGCAGGGUAAGCAGUGAUGCAUUGAGGAAAAAGUGUAUGAUUUGGAGAUUAAAGGGCUACAGUUCAUCCCCUGCUAACUAUGUGACCUUGGAAAAAUGGUCUAACCUCUCCAAGGCUCAGUUUCUUCUAUAAAAGAGAGGAAGUAAUGGUUACUUCAUAUAGGAUUGUUGUGUGGAAUAAAUGAGUAAAUUCAUGUAAAGGACUUGCUUUGGGGCCUGGCAUCCAAUCAGUGUUUGAGCAAUGAACAGUUUACGGUGUGAACCCAAUAAAAUCACAUGCACAGAUGCCUUUUGAUGAUUUAAAGGGCUAUGAACACAUAAGUAAGUAGCUGUUACUUUUACACACAGUUAUCCAUGUCAGGUAAUGUACUAGAAGUCUGUGAAACAUUCAGCCACUCUCUUAGUUCUGAGUUUGGAGACUGGAAUGCUCUCUGAGAGCGUCAGGUGCCCUCCCACAUUCACUGAUUGGUAAAGGGGAAGAUGGGGGCUGGGAAGGGGGAGGCUCACUCAGGAGUCCAGACAGUGGUGGGGACAACCUGAGUGCUCAGUCGUAAAGAGGAAAGGCAGAAUUUUUCCUUGCUAUGGCUGGAACAAAGGCACUUUUGAUGCUGGAAAACUUCAUAGAUGGAAAAUUUUUACCUUGUAGCUCAUAUAUAGAUUCUUACGACCCAUCAACGGGGGAAGUGUAUUGCAGAGUGCCAAAUAGUGGAAAAGACGAGAUCGAAGCCGCGGUCAAGGCCGCCAGAGAAGCCUUUCCCGGCUGGUCAUCCCGCAGCCCCCAGGAGCGCUCGCGGGUCCUGAACCAGGUGGCGGAUUUGCUGGAGCAGUCCCUGGAGGAGUUUGCCCAGGCCGAGUCUAAAGACCAAGGGAAAACCUUAGCACUGGCAAGAACCAUGGACAUUCCCCGGUCUGUGCAGAACUUCAGGUUCUUCGCUUCAUCCAGCCUGCACCACACGUCAGAGUGCACGCAGAUGGACCACCUGGGCUGCAUGCACUACACGGUGCGGGCCCCGGUGGGAGUCGCUGGUCUGAUCAGCCCCUGGAAUUUGCCACUCUACUUGCUGACCUGGAAGAUCGCUCCAGCGAUGGCUGCAGGGAACACUGUGAUAGCCAAGCCCAGUGAGCUGACUUCAGUGACUGCGUGGAUGUUGUGCAAACUCCUGGAUAAAGCAGGUGUUCCACCAGGUGUGGUCAAUAUUGUGUUUGGAACCGGGCCCAGGGUGGGUGAGGCCCUGGUGUCCCACCCAGAGGUGCCCCUGAUCUCCUUCACCGGGAGCCAGCCCACCGCCGAGCGGAUCACCCAGCUGAGCGCUCCCCACUGCAAAAAGCUCUCCCUGGAGCUGGGGGGCAAGAAUCCUGCCAUCAUCUUUGAGGACGCUAACCUGGAAGAGUGCAUUCCGGCAACCGUCAGGUCCAGCUUUGCCAACCAGGGUGAAAUCUGUCUCUGUACCAGCAGGAUCUUUGUCCAGAAGAGCAUCUAUAGUGAAUUUUUAAAGAGAUUUGUAGAAGCUACCAGAAAGUGGAAAGUCGGCAUUCCCUCUGAUCCACUGGUGAGCAUGGGUGCUCUGAUAAGUAAAGCACAUUUGGAGAAAGUCAGAAGUUACGUCAAGAGAGCUCUUGCUGAAGGUGCCCAAAUUUGGUGCGGUGAGGGAGUGGAUAAGUUGAGCCUCCCUGCCAGGAACCAGGCAGGCUACUUUAUGCUUCCCACGGUGAUAACAGACAUUAAGGAUGAAUCCUGCUGCAUGACAGAAGAGAUAUUUGGUCCAGUGACGUGUGUCGUCCCCUUUGAUAGUGAAGAGGAGGUGAUUGAAAGAGCCAACAACGUUAAGUAUGGGCUGGCGGCUACGGUGUGGUCCAGCAAUGUGGGGCGCGUCCACCGGGUGGCUAAGAAGCUGCAGUCUGGCUUGGUCUGGACCAACUGCUGGCUCAUCAGGGAGCUGAAUCUUCCUUUCGGGGGGAUGAAGAGUUCUGGAAUAGGUAGAGAGGGAGCCAAGGACUCUUACAACUUCUUCACUGAGAUCAAAACCAUCACCGUUAAACACUGAUCUUUGCUAACGGUGGAGCCACUAUGGCCAAUGCCUGGCUGCAGGCAUCAGUUGUUCAAUGUGGUGGAUGAAAAUCAUGGCAUGAAUUCCAGCUAUGCCUUGACUUGGCAGAAGGUUAUCUCUAGCUUAUCCUCAGUUCUUAGUAAUUUUACCCACUAGUGAAGAGAUACUGUCUAUUUUCAAUGUGGACUCGGAAAAAAAGACUUAUAAGUAGGAAGAUAGAACUAUGAUGCCAAACAGUUGUCAAGCUCCUCCCAGGUUGUGUUUUCAUAGUGUUUCUUUCAUCAUCUUCAUUGAACUCUUGGGAAUCUCCAGAUAAUCAGAUUAUUUCAUUUGCAAGUAUAUGGUAAAUUUAAAAAAAUAUGCAAUCAGGCACAGUGCCUCAUGCCUAUAAUCCCAGCACUUUGGGAGGCCAAGGUGGGUGGAUCACUUGAGUUCAGGAGUUCGAGAUCAGCCUAGGCAACACGGUGAAAUCCUGUCUUUACCAAAAGUUUAAAAAUUAGCUUGGUGUGGUGCCCUCUGCCUAUAGCCCCAGCUACUUGGGAGGCUGAGGUGGGAGGAUCGCUUGAGCCCAGGCGGUUGAGGCUGCAGUGAACCAUGAUCAUUCCACUGCAUUUCAGCCUGGGGGAUACAGUGAGAACUUGUCUUUAAAAAAAAAUGCUGCAAAACCAAAAAUAAAUAGCCAUAAUUUGCCAUCUUUGGAGAGAUUAUGGAGAUAAUCUCCUUGUGUAUUAGCCACUAGCAUGGCUAAUUGAUCAUUGAUUGUACCUCAUUACAUAAGGGGGCUGUGGACGUCUUUGGAAUUUGUCAGGGGAAGGCUAUGUGGUAAGCUCUACUAAAUGUAUCUGUACAAGGAUGAAGAAAAACAAAAUAACUACUACUUUUGGAGGAAACUUGGAACAAGAAGAGUACAUAGUUUGAUCCAUUCCUACGGUCAAGUCUAAUCAAUUCCAUUUCUUAGUGUAUGCAUCUAAUGAAGCUUACAACUUGCUAACCCCAAAAGAAGCAAUAAAUGUUAAGCAAUUUUAGUAACCAGUAUGGCAUGUAUCUUAUUUUUGAAUGCAUUCCUCCUUAUCCCCAUCCUCUUAGGAAUAUGGACGUUUUACUAAGUAAUAAAGAUUUCAAAUGCUUUUUUUUUUUGGAUCCCCAAAUGAUCACAGGAGAAAAACUGAGGUUUACAGAGCUCGAGCAACAUACCCGAGGUCACACACAUGAUAUGGGUAGAGGUAGGGUUUGAACCCAGGACUUUCAGGCUCCAAAACCCAUGAUCUCUCACCCCCUUCCAUUUGCCUUAGCUGGUGCUCAGGAAGCAGUGAAGUGCCUGUGGUUCCUGGCACACAUGGUGUUUCGUCUCCCCUCCAAGUCUCCUUCUUGUUUUGCCUCCUCCAUCCUCUCUCCUACCCACCUCCACUUCAAGGCCCUUCCUCAGUGGUCGUGCAACUCAGGAACACCUCCAGCACGGGCCUUCCUACACUGAUGGGAGUGAUCUGUUUGCAUGUCUGUCUCCAUAACUGGACAGGAGUGUCGAAGGCCGAGGCUGCUGGUACUGCACUCUGAAGAGUCUCAAUUCAUAGCAUAGUGCCUGGCAUACAGAAGGUUCUCAAAGCAAGUUCUGGGAAGGGAACAAAGUCUUCCUGGUGCUCUGGGGUAUUUGUUCCAUGGUUUGUGUGUGUGUGGUUGAGGGUGAUGAGAGGGGAAGACCAAGCUUUAUAAUUUUGCUUAG